ACAGACGCAGCCGACGCCAGUCAGCCACCAGCAGUCGGUCUUCGAGCUUCACCAUCAUCGCGAUGACCGUAGUAGAGUCUGCAGCUGCCCACUCCGUGCUGCUAUCGUCGCAAUCGUUAUCGUCGCCGUCGCGGAUUCAGUCCAUAGUUUGUAUUGCCGAAUCGAGCUGAAAUUGAAAACAGCAUCGGAGAUUGUCCCAAACUAUUGUGGUGAUAAACUGUGAAAUAAGUGCGGUACAUCGUGGUGGUGUUGUUACUUUAAAAUAUAGCUACGAAUUCUCUGUUGUGAGUUUACCGAUCCGUGAAGUGCAUUCAGAUAGAGCGCAGAGUGUCUAAAUUCUCCAGCCCCAAGCUUCAACCCAUCGUCUAUGCGAAACCCGUUCGCCGCUUGCUAGUAACAACAGAAACUCCUCUUCCGUGGCAAAAUGAGUGAACCAGCGUGUGAGGCGAGCACAAGCUCGAGCAAGAAGUCUAGUCAUUCUAACGGAAAUUUGCACAACAGCAAGCCCCACCAGAAUGGGACAAGUCGGGUUCGCAACUAUUUGGACCAUUUCAAAAACCUGCUCGGGCCCAGUAUGAACCAGUUGACCGACAUGACCAAACGGUACGGUCCGGCUUACCCUUACCCAAAGGACACGCAAGUGACGCCCGGUGAGAUCAAGAAGCUGGUCAUGAGCAGCGAGCGGAUACAAAUGAUGAUUCGAAGGGAAACGGAAGGCGAUUUCAAAAAGACCGAAGAACUUGUCACAACCAUUCAGACGAUUCUCGAUGAGAUCGGAUUGGACGAGAGUUUGCCCAUCAUUCGAACGCUGGGAACGAUUCUGAAUUUCAUUUUUGGCCGAAUACUCAGCGGGUUGUACGUGAACGAGACCAAAUUGAACGAGCUAAAAUCAAAAUUCGGCAAUCAAACGGUGCUGUACCUGCCCAGCCACCGGAGCUACGGAGACUUCAUCCUCAUGUCGUACGUGUCGUUCUGCUAUAACAUCGCAAUCCCGGGCAUCGCGGCCGGCAUGGACUUCCACUCGAUGGCCUUCAUGGGAAGCAUUCUGCGCAAUACGGGCGCGUUCUACAUGCGCCGGAGCUUCGGCAACGAUCAAAUCUACUGGACAAUCUUCAAGGAGUACAUGCGACAGCUAGUCAAAGCUUACGAUCGGGGGGUGGAAUUCUUUAUCGAGGGCACUCGCAGCCGGAGCAACAAGGCGCUAACUCCGAAAAUUGGACUACUCUCGAUGGCACUGGAGCCCAUGUUCAUGGGUGAAAUUCCGGACCUGCUGGUGGUUCCGGUUAGCGUCUCGUACGACAGACCCCUGGAGGAGCAUUUGUUUGUGUACGAAUUACUGGGAGUACCAAAGCCUAAGGAAUCCACUAAAGGACUGCUGAAAGCGAUGAGCAUUCUGAAGGAAAACUAUGGGUCUAUCUAUUUCGAAUUCGGAGAGCCAAUCUCAGUGAAGGAAUACUUUGGAAAGGACCUCAACCGAGCACAGCAUGCGAUGGAUCCGAUACAUGCCCAAACGCUGACAAAAGCCGAACUGGGAAUGAUCCAAAAUCUCGCAUUCGAUGUGGUUCACCUUCAGCAGGAGAAAAUUGUGUUAACCGCGUUUCACCUAAUCUCGAUUUAUUAUAAUUACCAAAAAUAUCUCGGUAAAUCGACAACGUUACAGGAGCUGGUAGAAGGUCUUAGCAAUAUAUUGGACGUAUUCGAAGAUCUUGGAGCCGUUACAACCAUUCAAAAGACGGGCCGACCAGACGACGAUCAUUUUGUAAUUAGAACCAGCAUUACCGAGGCCCUAUCGGUGCAUCGAAACAUUUUGCAGUUGACCUCCGAUCAGGUGCUAGUGAUUGCAACCACGCAUCACGAUUUCAACCAAGUGGAUAAGCGGAAACUGAAAGGUCACAACCUGACGGAUCUGGUUAUGAAGCUAUCGGUGCCAAUCUUCACUCUCCAGCUGUACAGUAACCCUUGUCUACAUUGGCUGGCCCAACCGGCACUUGUUCUAUUGGCGGCUAGAUCUAUAAGCCAAAGCGGACAGCCUGGGGAGGAAAUUCGGUUGGAGCAUUUAAGAGCCGCUGUGGCAGAAUUGAGAAACAUAUUUGCCGGUGAGUUUGUGUUCCACGCUCGGCGGGAACAACGUGAUUUUGAGCAAGCAGUGAAACAUCUGCAGCGUUUCGAGUUACUCCAGCGGGGGACAACCGAAGAUACUGUUCUUCUAGCGCAUAAGUCCGAUGCUGAAAAUGUGUAUCUCAGCACUAUCGGUCCAUUUAUUUGCUGCUAUCUACAGGUUACCACGGUGCUACUGGAUCAGUGUCCAGAUAGUCACUUCAAAGAGAAAGACUACCUUGCUCGAGUGCAAGAACACAUCGAACAACUGCUGCUACGGAAGGAGAAAAAUGUCCAUCCGUACUGCCUUUCACUGGACAGCAUCAACCUGGCGCUGCACUCUCUAGUCGCCCUCGGGGCAAUCAAAAAAGCAAAAGAAAACGAAACCACAAUAUUCACUGUCGAUCCGAUUCGCGUCCGAGCCCUGAACGGAACCCUGCAACAGUACUGUGAUCUACUGUCGUUCGAGUACCUCACCUUCCAGGGAGCGGUACUAAGCGAGUCGAAAUUGUAGAAUCCGUUUUCGGUGCCAGCUGCCGGUCGCAUCCUGUCAGGGCUGAACAAUGUCUUCCAGUUGGUUCGUCUGAUAUUGAACCUAAUGGUAAGAGUGAUACACUGGAUAGCACGCUUGGUGCGGUAUGCUGGCAGACUGGCAUCGGGACGGAUCGGUGCGAUCCGUUGGAAAUAGUUUUAAAUAAUUUCUUAGCCCAUACGGGAAACUGUAUGCGUGCUGGUAGAAGGUUUUGCGAGUAUUAGAAUAAGGUUGUGGACUUGAAAGUGACUGGUACUCUAACAGAUGUAACGUGAAAUCAUAAGUUCGGAAGCCGACAUGCUGACGGAAUGCGGAAAAAUAAUCUCCCGAAGAAUCAUACUCAGAUAGUCGAAUAGAAACCAGAGUUGAGGAGACACGUGCCUCAGCUUAACAGCAUGUUUUUGUGUGUAAUGCAAUGCUACUCCAUUUGGUUUAGUGCUUGAUCUGGGUUAAGUGCAGUUUAGUUUUAAAUAUGUCUGGUAAGAUACUGCAACGUAGUGAAAUAGAUUAUUUGCACAUUUUUGCUCAUUCGGCAUUGUGCCAUAAAAAUA